AUGGCCGCCGCGAGAAGGCUCUCGGAGCUGCUGCAGGAGCAGCAGGAGCCCUUCCUCGUCGAGGCCGCCAAGGCAAGGCGGCCCCGGCGUGGCCGUGGCGGAGGCGGCGGAGGUGAAGGAGGAGGGCCGGGCUGCUGCCCCGCCGCCGCGUGCCGGCGGCUGCUCAGGCUGUGCAACCACGGGUUCAAGAAGCGGAAGAGCGGCGCCGCGGGCGUCGGGAGCGGCGGCCUGCGGUCCGCUCUGAGCAAGGUGCUGUGCGGCCGGGCCAUGCGCCGGGUGCUGCGCUGGGAGGAUCUCGGCGCCGGCUGCUUCACAGGGGCGGGCGCCGGCUGCGGCCGCGAGUUCCGCCGCCUGCGCCGCUCUCUCGGGGACAGCGGCGAGUGCGACCCUCGCGCCAUGGUGUUCGCCGCGGAUGACGCGGAGGAGGAGGAGCGGAUGGGGUGGAAGGCCGACAUGGACGUGGACUCGUCGCGGCAGCUCAGCCCGGUCUCCGUCCUCGAUCUGCACUCCGACGACGACGAGGAGUCGCCGGUGCAUUCUCACUGGGAGGACGAGAAGCCAUCGACCUCCGGGAGCUCGCCACCCUCCGAAUCUUUCCUGGGUCCGGCGUCCCCAUGCUUCAGCUUCAGCUGCAACCUCCACGACAAGUUCUGCGAGAUGGAGGUGGACGAACCCGAGGAGGAGACGGACAGGGCCGGCAGGUCCAUAGAGGAGCAGAUCUCGUCGUGGGAGAAGAUCGCGGGGGACAUCUCGAGGAUCCCCGCGAUGAUGGAGCUGGACCUGUCGCGGUCCGUGCGGCAAUGGCGGGAGACGGAGCCGGAGGUGAGGGAGAUCGGCGCCAGGAUAGAGACACUCAUCUUCGAGGACAUCAGGAGCGAGACCGUCUGCGACAUGCUCGCCUCGCAUUGUACAUUGGCAGCAGCAGCAACACCUUGUUGAUCGGAGAGGAAGAGACCGGGGAGGGUUUGUCAAAAUUUAGUAGAGGAUGUGUACAAUUUGAGGCUGGCUUGAUGUGGAAUUCUUUUUCCCCAGACUCCAAAGCCUUGGACUGGCGGUCUCUUUCCUGCAUUGGGUUCCAUGCUGUUUAUAAUUUUGCAAAUAUGAUAUUGGUUGCAAAAGGACAAGCUUUAAUCUUUUGUUAACACAGCAGCAGGUGAAGCCCGGGACUAAA